CAGGCAGGGCCGGCGACGAGAUAUAAACUGAACCAGGUCCCUGAAUUCUGGAAAUUCUUGGAGCGGAAACCACCGUUAUUCGGGUUCCCUACUGCCUUCAAUGUUUUCUUUCCUUCUCCUGGCAUUCUUCUCGGUUCGCGCUGUGGGGCAGCACAUAUCUCCAGGGGACUUGGCCGCUCAAUAUAGCCUAACAACAAGCACCAGCUUUCCCUUUCCGACCGCCACCGCCUCUUCGCCCGACACUCAGUCUCUCCUGCUCAACGAAUGGUCGUUGGGCAGAGGACGCAUUCAAGAGAACCCCAACAAUCUCGAAUUCGUUCGGGACCCAUACCCCAAUAGUGGCAGCGCGUCCUCUGGACCCGUACUCCAAGUAAUAUACCCUGCGGGAAGCUAUACCCAUGCCAGUGGAGGAGGUGCACAAUUCUAUAAUCUGUGGAAUACGACGGAUGGAUCGACUUUUGGAACCAUGCUUCUAUCAUACGAGAUGGCCUUCGAAGCUGGCUUCAAUUGGGUGAAAGGCGGGAAGCUUCCUGGCCUUCGUGGUGGCUUAAACUCGACUGGAUGCAGCGGCGGCAAUCUUUCAACGGGCAAAGAAUGCUUCAGUGCGCGCCUGAUGUGGAGGAGAGCUGGGAGAGGAGAAGUAUACGCGUACAUUCCGAAGUCCAACAAAAUCUGCGACCGAGUAGGUGUAGACUGCAACGAGGACUUUGGUAUCAGUUUCAACCGCGGUUCCUUCGUCAUGAAAUCUGGAGAAUGGAUGACGCUGUCACUCCUCGUCCGCCUCAACGACCCGCCUAAUGUUGCCAAUGGAGACAUUCAGCUAUUCUACAACGGUCAACGGGUAUUGUCUGAGGAAGGCCUCCAGAUUCGCAGUGCGGAUAGCGUGAGCAUUAAUGGCUUGUUCUUUUCAACAUUCUUUGGAGGCAACAGCUUCGCUACGCCUAGGACGUUCCACACCUACUAUCGAAACAUCCAACUAUGGGGAAGCUCUGCUGCGUCCAACCUUACGGGUCCCACAAUCAGCAACGCACCUUCGACGCGCUGCAGCAGCUUCGCGGUCUUGAUCCCCGCUUUACUUGCGCUUCUUGUGGCGUGA